GUCAAGCUGUAGAUUUAAGGUUUUUUUCCCAAUAACUGUGAAUUUUUUGGCAUUUGCUUGAAAACUUACCAUGCCUUGGGCAAAAGGCAUCUUACUUUUCACAAUGGCUGUGGUGAUACGGAGUUCUUCUUUAAGGGCUGAUCCUGAGGCCUUUUCUGAAGCAGGUGCUGCUUAUGGAGCAGUCUCUGAAAACACUGUCCGUUUUGGUAAACUUUUAAUUGGUGGUCAAGGUACAGUAUCUAAUGAGAAUGUCAGAACAUCUGCGUUGAGGUCAGAUGGACACCGGUCAAAUGAGGAAGCGUGGUUUCACCCUGCUAGCACUAAGCUGCACCAUCUGGGUUCUUUUGUGCGAUGUAGCAAUGAUUCCAUGAUCUUGCGCAUUCCAGGACCAAGAAUGCCACACUUUCUGGUUGACCGAGGAGAGGAGUCACCAGUGCCUUUGUCUGAGAUGCCAGCUAGCUGUGGUUUCUCACUGAAGCGGGCACGCAGGGAUGUCUCUCUUGUUGCUCCAUACCGGGGAUGUCAUGUCAGAAAACUGGGAGGAAGUUAUAUUCUACCGCUCAUUAUAAUGGGAGCGCCAGUGCAAAUGUCUUGCCCUGUGAGUCCUCUCCUCCCUACGGUGUCCUGCUUCUCCUCUAGCAUGAUUGUCAAAUUUGGUGUCAGGGCAGAUGAUGUUAAAGUUAAAGUUGAUGGAUCGUGGCAGCCUCUGCUUCAGAAGUACACUGAAUGCUCAUUUACACUGGAGACUAUUGCUGGUUCAUUGGUUGUCACCGCACCAUUCACAGGAAGCUGUUGGGAAGUGAUGGAUACUGAAAGGCGACUCCCUUUGAUGUACGGUGACCAGGAAGUGACUCUUUCCUGUCCUCUGACACAGCCAACCAUAGCCCCAACCACACCUGUCCAUGACCCAACUGACAUGCAACAGAAGUUUGAACCUUUCCCUUUUGGAAGACCCUGGUGGUAUCCUCCAUAUCCUGGUGUUCCUGCUACCCUGCCUCCCACUGUGCCCCCUACAACUCCACCUCCUCCUUUUCAAUAUCCUUUCCAGCAACCCAUGUUCCCUCACAUGUAUCCCAUGCCAAUGUUUGAUCCUUUUUACUCUAAAGGUUACCCAUUUGCACCACAACAUCCCUGGUACCCAAAGCUCCCUCCUUAUAUGAAUGGCUUCCAAAGCCCAGUUGAAGUGACCACUCCUGCAAUGACCACAACUGCCCCAUACCAGCCUGAGCAGUAUCCAGGUUAUCCAAUGUACCCACCGUUCUAUGGGCAUCAACCCAUGAAGUCGGUGUCUCCAACUGUGAAAUACCCUUUCAUGCCCCAGUAUCCAGUCUUUGGUCCCCGCAGCCCUAAAUCACCGUCUUCUCCUGCACGGUUAUCCUCAGUCUACAGGUCUCCCAGAUAACCACUUGACUGAGCAGAUGAGUGGACUCGAAAGUGGCCUUACUUUUUAUUGACGGAUGAUAAAUUACAUCAAUAGUUGUUGGGUAUAAGCCUAAUAAAGCUUUGUGACUUCA